ACGUCGGUCGAUGUCGGCGCUUGUUUUAUCUGUGUUAUCGAAGAGCAAACCGGCUGUGUUUGCCGGAUGUUUGGUGCGCAAAGUGCGCGUGAGGAACUGGCAUCGCUCACUAGUGCUUUCGAACAAGCUGUGCUCGUCAAAUUUCUCCGGCCGCGCUGCACCACAUGACGGAAUGUCGGAUGAGUCACACGACGGUGCAGCUGAGAGGUCUUCUACCAGCCUCGAAGAAUCGUACAGACGCUGCUUCGUCGGCGGCGACCUCUCGGCGCAGUACAAGUUGGUCAGGCCCGUAGUGCCGCCUGCGAUGGUCGUAGACAUCGUCAAUUACGCAAACGAAACGGUUUCAUGCAAGGAUGGUCUGUGCGUGGACGUCGGAUGCGGUCCCGGACAGAGCACGGAACUUUUCUGUCCGCAUUUUAGGAAAGUCGUGGGCACCGACAUCAGCGAGACACAGAUUGGCAUAGCACGAUCAGCUUGCACCGCCGAGAACGUGAGCUUCGAGGUGUCCAAUGCGGAGUCCCUUCCUUUCGACGCCGGCACCGUGGCUCUGGUGUCGACGGUGAAUGCGCUGCACUGGUUCCGCUGGGACUCCUUCUUCGCCGAGGUUCGCCGGGUUCUGGUCGACGGCGGCGUCUUCUGCCCGUCGCUGUUCCGGCUGCGAGCCGUGGCGGAGCCGGGACUCGAGGACUGUCUCGAAGAGUUUCGGUACCAGGAGUUCAAGGGCUAUCUUACUGCUCAACACGACUUCUGGACGUACGGCUACGAGAAGACGGAAGUGCCCUUCAGUGACGUUCGCAAGAAUGACUACGUCGUGAAUGAGAUGACGACACUGUCGGCUGUUCUGGCGUGUGCGAGGACUUGGAGUUUUGUGAUACGGAUGGAAGAAAAGGAACCGGAGCGUGCCAGACAGGCCCUCGAGAGGCUAGAAACGAGAAUUCGCUCGAAGCUUGGCAAGCCCGAUGAAGAUGACCCGGAGGUUCAAGUAGCCUACAGAGCGUCUUACAUCCUGUGUCGAAAAUAACAUUCCGGUGGACUAUAAAA